AUGAGUUUUUUAUUCAAGUCGAAGCAAAAAACACCACACGAGUUGGUGAAAAUUCUUAAAGACGCCAUUCAUAAGUUGGAUGGCUUAGACAAAAAGAAGGCAAGCGAAGACAUAUCGAAGAACUUAACAACUAUGAAAACCAUCCUCUACGGUGAUGGAGACAGUGAUCCUGUGCAAGAAACGGUCGCGCAAUUGGCACAAGAAGUUUAUAAUAAUGAUAUUUUGCAAUUAUUAGUGUUAAAUAUUUGGAGAUUCGAGUUUGAGGCAAAGAAAGACGUGUCGUUGAUUUUCAAUAACCUUCUAAGAAGACAAAUAGGUUCAUUGACUCCAACUGUCGAUUAUUUAACAAAUAGAGAAGAAAUACUAUUUACAUUACUCAAAGGUUAUGAGAAUCCCGACAUAGCUCUUAACUGCGGAAUGAUUCUACGAGAAUGUCUUCGACAUGAAUCCUUGACCAAAAUUAUAUUGUAUUCUCCACAAUUUUACGAUUUCUUUACUUAUGUAGAAAUGAGUACAUUUGAUAUUGCUAGCGAUGCUUUCGCCACGUUCAAGGAGAUAUUGACACGUCACAAGACUUUGGUAGCCGAGUUUUUGGAUGUUAAUUAUGAACCGUUUUUCGAAUCUUAUACCAAAUUGUUGAAUUCAAAUAAUUAUGUGACUAAGCGACAAUCCCUUAAACUUCUUGGAGAAAUUUUACUGGAUCGUUGUAAUUUCAAUGUGAUGACUCGAUAUAUCGCGAGUUCAGAAAAUUUGAAACUUAUGAUGAAUUUAUUAAGGGAUAGGAGCCGUAAUAUUCAAUUCGAAGCUUUUCAUGUGUUUAAGAUAUUUGUGGCGAAUCCAAACAAAACCAAGCCUAUCUCGGUUAUUUUGGGCAAGAACCGGGAAAAGUUGAUUCAAUUUUUAGGAAAUUUUCACAAUGAUCGCCACGAUGAUGAACAAUUCAAUGAUGAAAAGGCAUUUUUAUUGAAACAAAUUCAAGAAUUACCAGAACUUGAGGCUCCGUCGCGAUAG